AUGUCCUCCUCAGAGUACUGGCAGGAACGCAGGAAGCGCAGCGUGCGCAGCAGCAGCAGCACGGACUCGCCCGACGCGUCGGCUGCCUCCGCCAGCACCAGGAAGAAGCAGUCCACCACGCCUGCGUCCUGGGCCCGGCACGCGCGCCUGCUGCCGUUGUGGGCGCGCUGGCCCGGCGCGAGGCCGCUCCGCGGGCCGCCCUGCGCCGCACCGCCGCGCUCCGCGCCUGGCAGGCUGCUGCGGGCGGACAGCGAGCUGCCCGCGGGGCUGGGGUCGCCGCGGCUGCAGGUGCCCACGGUGUUCGGCUCGGUGCUGAGGGCGCUGACCUUGGAGCCGCCCUCGGCGCUGGGGGGCACGUCCGCCAGCCGUCUCCAAGGACGAAACUUGAAUACGUAA